UGUGAGAUAAAUUUUUUGAUUUCUCUUAUCAAGAAUAAUUUAAAUUAGUAAAACGAAAAUCCACAGUGAUAAGAUAAUGCGGAAGGAUUUUCUGUGCUGCAUAAGUGUUUAACUGUGUGUAUAAAAGAAUCCAUUUUUUUUCUCUUAGGAAAGAUGCGAGAUAAAAAGAAUUCUUAAGAGGUUUAACGUUUUUAUAUAAAGCACGAAGUUUGUGUGUUAAAGAUAGACAUCAAGGAAAGACAAUAAGAAGAACGCGAGAGAUCAAAGAUCGAGAUAUUUACAAAUUAUUUUAGGAUCGAGGAUAGUUUACUGUAAACAACAUGAACGAUGCAUCUAAUAAAAAGAUUUUUCGACAAUUUCUCGAUCCACCCUCAAUGGAAAGACAAAGGCUUUUGUUUCAAUAAUCGUCAAAUAAUUUAUCGAUUUUUCGAAACGAUCGAUAAAAAUGCGAAGGAAGGUGUUAUUUGUUUUUUCGGAGAUACAUUAAAUUUGAUUUAAACAAAAUGUAUUUUCGUGUCAGACACCUGUCGUCGUCUUCGCUAUUAUCGUCCGUCAUCGAUCCAAAAAUUUAAUUAUUAACGUAUUGAAAAUCGAACAAGGAAAAGUGAAUCUUCAUCGGUGACAAGGUCUAUCGAUUAUCAGAAAAAAAGUUACUGGAAUACGCGAAUUUGCAGAAUGAACGCUUCAUGGACAACGUAUAAAGAUCCAGAGACAUGGUCGUCGACGUUGAAUACUUCCUAUUGGAUGAACAAAAAUGAAUCCUACAGCAAAGACGAUGAAGACCUAUACGAAGUGCCGACGAGCGUGACGGUCUUACUCAGUAUUUGUUACGGAAGUAUAUCCGUCAUGGCGAUCGCUGGAAAUUCUCUUGUAAUGUGGAUCGUCACAACCACACGACGAAUGCAAAAUAUGACGAAUUUCUUUAUCGCCAAUCUCGCUUUAGCUGAUAUUAUUAUCGGUCUAUUUGUCAUACCAUUCCAGUUUCAAGCGGCCUUGUUACAAAGGUGGAACCUUCCGCACUUUAUGUGCGCCUUCUGUCCCUUCGUUCGUGUACUUUGCGUGAACGUGUCGGUGUUUACUCUCACAGCGAUCGCGAUUGAUAGACAUCGUGCCAUUCUCAAGCCACUCAGCGCCAGUCCGACAAAACUAAGAGCAAGAAUUAUCAUAGCUGGAAUCUGGAUACUGGCAACAGCUUUAGCGAUACCAAUGGCACUUGCACUCAGGGUGAUUAUAAUAGAAGAGACGUUGAUUAGUGGACGUACAUACACAAAACCAUUCUGUCAUAAUGAAAACAUGUCAGCAAAUUCGAUGCUAACAUAUCGAGCUUUAUUGGUUUUCUUACAAUACAUGACGCCUCUCUUAAUAAUAUCCGUCGUGUAUGCUAGAAUGGCUAGAACACUUUGGGGUAGCAAAGCACCUGGAAACGCAGAAGAUUCGCGUGAUGCUACUUUCAUGAAAAAUAAAAAGAAGGUUAUCAAAAUGUUGGUAAUUGUUGUCGUAUUGUUUGCGAUGUGCUGGUUACCAUUACAAUCGUACAACGUAUUGCAAUACACUUACCCAAAAAUAAAUCAGUAUCAAUACAUAAACAUUAUAUGGUUCUGUUGCGAUUGGCUAGCUAUGUCAAAUAGUUGCUGCAAUCCAUUCGUUUAUGGUAUAUACAACGAAAAAUUCAAACGAGAAUUUCAACAGAGAUGCCCAUUUCGACCUCGAAGAUUGUCAACAAGUCCACCAACCGACAGCAUAGAUCUCGACAAAACACAAAGUACACGAGCAUCCAUUAGGUACAUUCUCAGAUAUGACUGGCGAAGAACUGGUUCCUCUAGUUAUCCGUCUUUCUGUAAAGGUGUACCAAUGCGAGAAUCAUCCAAAAUAUCCAUUAAUGACAACAAUGAAUCUAUUUCCCGACAAAAAAAUACAUCAGCACGUUGGAAUCGCAAUGGACAAAGAAAUCAAUAUCCUGAUCAAAGGUCACCGAACAAUGCAACUCAACUCUACGUCUUUUCUUCGGGCAGACACAAACAUACGAAAAGUAUUGAAAUAGAAGAACUGUGUCUUUAAUAUAAGACAAAUAUAAAUACAAUGAACAAUAAAUGAUCAAUUCCAUUCGGUAUAUAUAUUAUCAUAAAGCUGAAUAAAACGGAUCUACAAUAAACUUCGUCAAAUAAUUAUGUUUGAAGUUGAAGAUAUUUUCUUUGUCACAAAAAUAUUUUUAAAAAAAUGAUCCAACAAAGCAUUCCUUUUCAUUAUUCCAGGCGGAAGUAAAACUAUUUUUUACUUUACAAGUUCAACUUUACAAGUUCAACUUUACAAGUUUUAUUUGAAAUUUUAAAAUAUAAGUCAUCUGUAAGAUAGAUUCGCUAAUAUUUUAUAUAUAUUAAAUAGCUUUUCCUAAUCUAAAUUGAACCAAAUAUUUUAUAUAAAAGAUACAAGGUAUAUAAUAAUACCGAUAUUGCGCGACACAAGUUACAUUUACAAUAAAAAAUUUUUUUUAUUUUUUUA